AUGCAGCAACUAUUUUAUGAAAAUUAUGAGCAGAACAAAAAAGGCUACAUCCGAGACCUGAGGAACAGCAAAAUACACAGAGCUAUAACGCUGCACCCCAAUAAGAACCCCCCAUACCAGUACAGACUUCACAGCUACAUGUUGAGCCGCAAGAUAGCAGAGCUGCGCCACCGGACUGUACAGCUGCACCGGGAAAUUGUCCUGAUGAGCAAAUACAGUAAUACAGAAAUCCACAAAGAUGACCUGCAGCUGGGCAUGCCACCCUCCUUCAUGCGAUUCCAGCCCCGCCACCGGGAAGAAAUCUUGGAGUGGGAGUUUCUUACAGGAAAGUAUUUGUAUUCGGGUGCCGACGGGCAGCCCCCUCGAAGAGGAAUGGACUCUUCGCAGCGUGAAGCGUUGGAUGACAUUGUUAUGCAGGUCAUGGAAAUGAUCAACGCCAACGCUAAGACCCGGGGGAGGAUCAUAGAUUUCAAGGAAAUACAGUAUGGCUAUCGCAGAGUAAAUCCGAUGUAUGGAGCAGAGUAUGUUCUUGACUUGUUGCUUCUGUACAAAAAGCAUAAGGGGAAGAAGAUGACCGUCCCUGUCAGGAGGCACGCCUACUUGCAGCAGACGUUCAGCAAGAUCCAGUUUAUGGAGCAUGAAGAGAUGGACGCCAAAGAGCUGGCCAGCAAAAUCAACCAGGAUUCCGGAUCCUUGUCUUUCCUCUCCAACUCACUGAAGAUGUUUGUUCCCUUCCAGCUUGGCAGAUCAAAAGUGGAGAGGAAGGAACUCAAAGACAAGAAGAUCAACAUCCUGAUUCCUCUCUCCGGACGUUUUGACAUGUUUGCAAGGUUCAUGGGGAAUUUUGAAAAGACGUGCCUCAUUCCAAACCAGAAUGUCAAGCUCGUUGUCCUGCUUUUCAAUUCCAACUCCAACCCUGACAAAGUGAAACAGAUCGAGCUGAUGAGAGAUUACCGCUCCAAAUACCCCAAGGCUGACAUGCAGGUUUUACCAGUGUCGGGGGAGUUCUCGAGGGCACUGGCUCUGGAAGUCGGAUCUUCUCAGUUCCAGAAUGAGUCUUUACUUUUCUUCUGCGAUGUUGACUUAGUGUUUACCACCGAAUUCCUCCAGCGGUGUAGAGCCAAUACAGUUUUGGGUCAACAAGUAUACUUUCCCAUCAUUUUUAGCCAGUAUGAUCCAAAGAUUGUUUAUAGUGGAAAAGUUCCUAGUGACAAUCAUUUUGCCUUCACCCAGAAAACAGGUUUCUGGAGGAACUAUGGCUUUGGUAUUACCUGUAUUUACAAAGGUGAUCUUCUUCGAGCAGGUGGCUUUGAUGUCUCCAUCCAAGGUUGGGGCCUUGAAGACGUAGACUUAUUUAACAAAGUCAUUCAAGCUGGCUUAAAAACUUUCCGAAGCCAAGAAAUUGGAGUAGUCCAUGUGCAUCACCCUGUUUUUUGUGACCCCAAUCUUGAUCCAAAACAGUAUAAAAUGUGCUUGGGGUCCAAAGCUUCAACUUAUGGGUCCACACAACAGCUGGCUGAAAUAUGGUUUGAAAAAAAUGACCCAAAUUUUGGGAAAAGCAGCAAUACUAAUGGCUCAGUGAGGACAGCCUAAUGUCCAGCUAUGCUGGAAAAGACCUUUUUUUUAAUUAUCUAAUUUAUUUUUGGGAAAAUGUUUUUUGAUAAUUCACUUUUAAAAGACCACACAGGAUAUAUUUUAGAAAU